UCGCCCCCCUUUUUGCUACCGUUUUUGACCCCUAAUUUUUCAAAUUAGGGAUUUCAUCAUCGAUCCUUUUCGCAAUUUCGUGUUUAUCUUCCUUUUAUCUCAUCGAGAUUCUCUGUUUCCUCAAAUAUAGCGCGUAAAUUAUCGUGCUAUGAUUGGAUCAAACGUCCCAAUUUCUGCUUUCCUCCUUUUUGGACGUUGACCUAAUUCCAUUCCUUCCUUCCUUCUGCCUUCUAAGGGGUUUUGCCGUUUGCUUUUGUAAUCGUACCGUAAAAAUGUGAAACGGCACCUCUGUUGUGAAGGGAUCAUGAUUUUGUAGAUAGUUUGUGUGUAUAUGUAGGGUUAUAUAUCUAUAUUUCUGGAAGAUGACAAGUAGGAAGAAGAAAUCGAGAGCCGCUAGGAAUGGAAAUGCUGAAACUCAUGCUAAAAGAUCUGGAGAAAAUGGGCAGAAAUCCGUGAAAAAUGCGGUGGAAGCGUUUGCUUCGAUGUCUUUGCGGGAAGCUCCGAUUAGGGCUGCAGAGAUCCCUGAAAAAGCUGCAGUGAUGGAGGAUCAGAGCACCACGUGUUCGAGCUCUAACGGGAGCUAUGAAAUGGGCUCGUGCUCGAGCUCGAGCUCGAAUGCUUCCGAUAUGUUUGGUUUGGGGAAUGGUUUCCGUGAAGAGGAGCUUAAGCAGAAGAGUAGGCCUAAGAUGAAGAGAGUUGUUGCUACUGCUGGAACUGUGUCGAAUAUGCUGGGGAAGGACUAUGUUAGGUCUGUGCCUAAAAGGGAGGCUUGGAAAAGUAACGGUUUUCUCGAUGAGAAUUGGAGCAAGGAGGCUGAGCAGUUCCUCUGCUCGAUGCUUGGAGAUGACUGUGAAUUAAGCCUGGCUGUAGUUAGCGAUGUAUUGUGUCAGUGCGGAUAUGACCUAGAUAAGGCUUUGGACACGUUGCUUGAAUUGUCAGCUUCCUCAAAUGAGCAACCCGCUGGCUAUUUCGAGUCUACUAGCAGUGAAUCAAGUGAAAAUGUAAUUGAUGGAACAUCUGACUCAACUUAUCGUUCAGCAUUUGUUGAACCUGACAAUGUGUGGCUUUCAGGAGACCUGUUCUGGGAUAAUCCAAAAUUUCCUCAAUCCAGUGGGUCCCGCCGCAAAUCAGAGAAAGUAGUCUCGGAGGCAGAACUUCCUCAGAAGGUGUUGCAAUCCUUGUUUAAUAUGCCCACGCCGAAGGAAGCCGAACAAGAACCAAACAAAAUGAACUGGAGAAAUAUUGUUAAGAAAAUGGUAUCCCUUGGUCAAGGAUCUAAUGAUGAAAAUGAACAACAGCAGCAGCAUAUCCAUGCUCAAGGAGACGAAUAUCAUGUGCUCAGGGAAACUGCGCAUGAGCACUGGGAUUCAAUGAAAUCAUACUAUCAAAAGGCUGUUACAGCAUUUUCAAGUGGGGAGAGAGGCUAUGCAUCUUAUCUUUCUGAGCAGGGGAAGUUGCAAAACAAGAAGGCUCAAGAGGCAGAUGUGAAGGCUAGCCGAGAUAUAUUCGCUGCAAGGAACAAGAACAUAGAAAACAUGAUAACAAUCGAUCUGCACGGACAACAUAUUAAGCAAGCAAUGAAGGUUCUGAAGCUCCACCUUCUGUUUGGAGCAUACGUCCGAUCUGUGAAGGUAUUCAGGGUUAUCACUGGAUGUGGCAGCCAUGGUGUUGGCAAGUCGAAGCUGAAAACCUCGGUCAUUGGUCUUCUGCAGAAAGAGGGUAUUAAAUGGUCUGAGGAGAACCGCGGAACACUGCUCGUGAGGCUCGAGGGGCAGACGGAUUUCAGCUUCCUCGACUCGGGUUCAGGCAGCGACGGUGAUUAACCUAGGCAGGUUAGCACCAGUUCUAUAUUUUGACAUUCCUUCCUUGUAUCUCUGGAAGAAGUCCUCAAAGAAUGUUGAUAUCUUAUGAAGAUUUAGGUGUACAAUGUUAGAGAAGAGAACUAACUCUGUUCCAGAUUAGGUUUUUCUAGUUUGGUUUAAUGUGGGCUGCAAAUAAACUAAUUGUAGCUAAGCAUUAUUGGCACCAUUUGUAUUCUGUACAAAUUUGUUGAUUUGAGGAAUAUUAUUAUUCAAUCUCUGAUUGUUGACUUGA